GAGCUCAGAGGGUGGUCAGGACCUCUGUCAGGAGCAUAUAAGUGUGGGUGUCUCAGCUUUUCUUCUACUGCCAUUGGGCCACAGGACGGCCCUUCCAGAAGCCAGUGGCUGGGAGCAGUGCUGGAGGAUCAAGGAAGCAGAGAUGGACGGCGAGGCAGUCCACUUCUGCACAGAUAACCAGUGUAUCUCCCUCCAUCCACAAGGGGUGGAUUCUGUGGCAAUGACUCCUGCAGCCCCCAAGAUGUCGAGGCUUGUUCGGGCUACCCCAGUGUUCAUGGCUGUGACCUUGGUCUUCUCUCUUGUGACUCUCUUUUUAAUGGUUCAACAGCACACAAGACCUGUGACAAAGCCUGUGCAAGCCAUGCUUCUGGGAGACAACAUUACUGAGCAUUUACCUUUUGAACUCAACAAUCAUCACCACUUUGGCAGGGAGACAGAAAUGCAAGAGCUUAUCCAGAUGUUUAAAGGCCACAUGGAGAACUCCAGCGCCUGGGUAGUAGAGAUCCAGAUGCUGAAGUGCAGAGUGGACAAUGUCAAUUCUCAGCUCCAGGUACUUAGUAGUCAUCUGGGAAACACCAGUGCUGAUAUCCAGAUGGUAACAGGAGUUCUAAAGGAUGCCACUACAUUGAGUUUGCAGACCCAAACGUUGAGGAAUUCCCUGGAGGGAACCAAUGCUGACAUCCAGAGGCUCAAGGGAGGCCUGGAAAAGGCAAAUGCUUUAACCCAGACUCAGAAUUUCUUAAAAAGCACUUUAGAAAACACCAGCACAGAGCUCCACAUGUUAAGCAGAGGCUUAGAAAAUGCGAACUCUGAAAUUCAGAUAUUGAAGGCCGGUUUGGAAAUGGCAAAUGCCCAGGCUCAGUUAGUCAAUAGCAGUUUAAAGAAUGCUAAUGCUGAGAUCCAUGUUUUGAGAGGCCAUCUAGAUAGUGUCAAUGACUUGAGGACCCAGAACCAGGUUUUAAGAAGUAGUUUGGAAGGAGCCAAUGCUGAGAUCCAGGGACUAAAGGAAAAUCUGCAGAACACAAAUGCUUUAAACUCCCAGACCCAGACUCUUAUGAAAGGCAGUUUUGACAACACCAGUGCUGAGAUCCAAUUAUUAAGAGAUCAUUUGGAAAGGGCAGGUGAUGGAAUUCACUUGUUAAAAAGGAGUUUGGAAACAGUCACAACCGAGAUCCAAAGAGCAAAUGGCCGUCUGGACCAGACAGAUGCUGAAUUUCUGGGAUUCAAGGCAGAAAUGGAAAAUGCCAGUACCUUAAAUGCCCAGAUUCAGGUCUUAAAUGGUCAUAUGAAAAAUGCCAGCAGACAGAUACAGACCCUGAAACAAGGAAUGAAGAAUGCUUUGGCCUUAACUUCCCAGACUGAGAUGUUAGACAGCAAUCUGAAGAAGGCCAGUGUUGAGAUCCAGAAAUUAAGAGAGGAUUUAGAGAACACCAAAGCUCUAACUGUGGAAAUCCAGCAGGAGCACAGUCGCCUGAAGACCCUCCGUGAGGUCGUUGCUUCACAGGAACAGCUACAAAGAACCCAAAGUCAGCUUCUCCAGAUGACUCUGCAAGGCUGGAAGUUCAAUGCUGGAAGCUUAUAUUACUUUUCUUAUGUCAAGAAGUCUUGGUCUGAGGCUGAGCAAUUCUGUGUGUCCAAGGGAGCCCACCUGGCAUCUGUGGCCUCUGAGGAGGAGCAGGCAUUUCUGGUAGCGUUCACAGGUAACGCCUAUCACUGGAUCGGCCUCACUGACAGGGGCACAGAGGGCUUCUGGCGCUGGACAGAUGGGACACCAUUCAAUGCCACCCAGAACAGAGAGUUUUGGGGAAAGAAUCAGCCUGACAACUGGCGGCACAAGGAUGGGCAGACUGAAGACUGUGUCCACAUUCAGUGGAAAUGGAAUGACAUGAACUGUGACACUCCCUAUCAGUGGGUGUGCAAGAAGCCCAUGGGCCAGGGAGUGGCCUGAGGGCAGGCCAGAGCAGAGGGGCCGCUCCUGCCUGCCAGCACUGACCCUCCUCCUCCUCCUCCUUGAUGGCUUAGGAACCUCUGAGCUCUACCUGUUCUCUGGGGCCUUCCAUUGGUCUUUUGCACUUUCUGCAUUGUUCUUUGAUUUAGCCCUUUUGAACAUGCUUACCUCGAGUGACCCAGUGAGAUCAGUGGCUUCUCAAGGGAAGAGGGUUGCCAUGCCCCUGUAGACCCUCAGCACCCAGCACAGCCCUGUCAGAUAGCAGGUCCUCAAUAAAUACUCGCUGAAUCA